AUGACGUCACCGUUUCUGGUGGACAACAUUUUGCAUCAACAGAAAUCGGCGAUACACAGUCAAUACUUGAAUCAACAGUUGGAGUUCCUGCAACGCACCAAUUACGAGAGAUCAAGGGAGAAUUCGCCGGAAAUCGACGAAACGAAGAUGGCUGAACAGGACGACGAAAGAAACGAAGAGACCACAGACAAGGCGGACGAUGAAGACUCGAAGAGCGAAGAAGGUUUUAUUAAGAACGAAGUGGUAUAUUACAACCAUGAUUAUUAUAGAAGUGAAGAUCGUGAGAAGGAGGUUCUAAAUAUCCCUAAUGUAAAUCGACGGUGUCACUGCGGUUCGUUCGACUGUCCGCCGUUCUCCUGUAAGAAGUCGGGGAUCAGGCGACUCGAGGAGUUGGAGAAGCGAUUCAACCUUCACAAUUAUCAGGACAACUCAGACGAAGACGUUAGGGAGAAGACUGAGGACAUGGUUAAAAGUUGUGACGAUUAUAACGAACAGAAAAAACCUUUGUUGAAAUUCAGUGUUAGUGCUAUUCUGGGGGAGGAGACGGCGAAAAACAAUGUUAACGACAUGUUGCAACCACAUUUUGCCAUUGGAUUUUAUGUAAGCACAGGCCUGACAAUUCUGAUUACCUACUUAGGUAAUCAGAAUUGUCAGGCCUUGUCAUGCAUUUACCCUGCCGAAGCAAAACCUUUUGGAUGGGAUGUAAACCCACGACCACUUGUGCUUAUCCAGAGUGAGUUGCGGAGGCUGAUGUUGUUGUAG